AAUGAUCCACUAUAUAUUCAUAGUGUAUCAAAACCUCUCCUAGUUACAAGUGUAGUGGCAUUAGAACGAGAGAUUUUAGUAGAAAAACUGAGAGUGAGAGUUUCGAUCAAAGAUUCAGCAAAAAUCCCAACUUUUUUCCUGCAUAUAUAUCUGCUUGCAUGAAAUAUAUCAGAACCUUUAUCUUCAAUGGAAACAGAAGGGCUUGAAACUGUACAUACCAGCCUUGGAGGCAAUGCUGUUGUGCCUGAGGGUGGAAGUUUUUUGGAACCACCCUCGAUUGCCAAGGUUCCAGGAGAAGAAAUCUUCAGAGAACAGAUCGAUCAAGUACCAUGCCUGGUAGAAAAGAAUGAGAAACGGGCGCAGGAAGAUGAGGGUUUUGACACUACAGAAGAGGGGGAAACUAAGUUGAUUGCGGAAAAGGAAAAACAAGUUGAUGAUGUUACUGGAACCAUUUUACAGAUGGAUAAGAUUGAAGGACCAUGCGUCAACAUUGAAGAAGAGGAGAAAAUAGUCAAACAUGUUGAAGCAAUGGAAGAUGGGAAGGCUGACGUUGAAGGAAAACCAAAGAGUAUCGAGAAGGAAAUUGGCGGCCCAGAGAAAUAUGAGGAAGGAGAAAUGAAGAUAGAAGAGAGUGUUGAGCUUGAAACUAGCAAUGAAGUUAGCUCAUUUGAGCCAGGCUUGAGUCUGGGAAAAGAAGCUCUGAGUCGAACCGCUGAUGCGAUAGUCUACAACCUGGACAAUCCUGAAACAGUCAAAGAAGUUUGCCAGGAGAAAGAAAUCAAAGACAGUGGCACAGGUGAUGGAACUAUAAAUGAACAGCGGAUAGGAGAAGAAAGAAAAGAAGGAGAGAAAUCAGGGAGUUGCUCUAGUUUCUUGGAUGACAAGGGUACUGAUGUGGUCAAAGCCAUUGAAAAGACAGAAAAUGAGAAAGAGGGCACCACAUGCGAUACAAUGGGAGGGGGAACCUAUAUAGUAGAAGCAGGCAUAGACAUUCAGAAUGAAAAAGAAACGACACCUGGAACUGAAGAAGGUAUGCAGGACAAACGGAAUACAGAAGACAUCGCGACUGUCGCUCAUAAAACACAAGAGACAGAAGAAAUGUACUCUCAGCAAGUAGACAAGCCUGACGUAUGCAUGGUCUCAGAAUCUGAAUCAGAGGAAAUUGUCAAUAAGAGUCCACAAAGAGAAGGUCAAAAUCUUAUCCUUGAGAAAACAGCUGAAGUUGACAGCAGUGAAGGUGAAAAUAUUAAGGAUGGGAUGAAUCCUGAACAAAAGCCUGAUGGUUUGUUUGUGAAACAUGAGGAGAACAAGCAAAGCAUGCAUCAGGAUCUGGCUAUGGCAGAAGAAUCAACAGCGGAAAAAAGAGACAUGGAGACUCCUACUGUGAUAGCAGCUGAAAACAACACAAGUGAUGCGGUACCUAUUACCAUUACUACUGCUCAGGAUCAUUCUGUGAUAGAAGAUGACAAAAUCAUGGAUGUAGUAGCCAAUGUUGUUCCAGAGCAUAGCAAAGAGGAGAUGUCUAAAUACGAGGAUAAGAUCAAGGAAACUUUUGCACUGCAAGAUGAAGCAGUAAAUGAGAAGAUUGAAAAUUCCUUGGCAUUGAUAUCUGGGGAGAUAGAUACAGCGACUUCAAGUGAAUGCUCUGAAGCAAUUGCAUCUGCCAAAGAGGAGACACCCAUCAAAACACCAGGAGAAAGCUUUGAGGAUAAGAAGGAAGAGAAACCAAUUGAUGCCGAAGCUGUCGUAGACAGUGGGCUUCCAAUAGAAAAGAGUCUUCUACCAACGGACUUGAAUGAGAAGAUUGAAGACGCAGGACUUGAGAUUCAGUACAAGAAUUCCAGUGAGUUGCACAUAAGUCAUUCGUUGGAACAAGAAACAAUACCAGUACAAGACGAAAAACAGCCAAAACUCUCUGAUUUUGAACCUCAAGAACAAGAUCAUGAAGAAAAUGGACCAUCUACAGACUUGGAAAAACAUGCUGAAGAUGCCUCUGAAGCAUGUGAAAGCAUGCAGAACACCAAUUUAGAGAAUCCGUCUGCCGAAGGGGCAAUAACAACAGAAGUGAACUCAAAAGCAAAUGAAAUGGCUGUUGAGAAAGAGGAAAAGAUCCAUGAAUUGGAAUCCGAGGAAAAGUUAACGAUCGAUGAUGCUGGGACUAACUUAGAAGAGGAGAUGCAAAAGAAGGAAGAAGCCCAUGAUGAACAGGCAUAUCAAAUGGCAACAAGUGAUAGAAUUGAAGAAGUAACCUCAGAUGAAGUUUGCAGUAUAGAAUUUGUUGACAAAAAAGUAGAGCGUAGUGUUCAAGCAGCAGGUUUUCAGGAGGCAGAAACACCAUUAAAAAACGGAGUUGGAGAGAAUUACGAAAUGAGUGGCAUAGUAAACGAAGAGGUGAUUGAUGAACCUAAGAUCACAGACAUUGGAGAGGUCAUUGAUGAAGAGAAAAUUAAAGAUGAUGCAACACACCUUUCAUCAGAACUAGUCUUUGAUGAAAAGUUAGUUGAGAGCUCCCAAGACAAUGAAACAGAGGCAGAGAUGUCAAAAGGAGAUGGCAUUGAACAACAGAUGAUGAAGGACUACAAUGCUAAGGUCAUCUUACAAGAAUCUAUUCAAGAAGCCUCAGUUAAUGACUUCCAAAAUGAUUUGAAGAAUGCUGAAAGGUCCAGCAGAGAGAUGUCUGAAGUGUCCGAGGCGGAAGAAAAGGAUAAGACAAACAAUAAUGAUGAAAGCCCCGACUCAACUCUACAGGCUUCACUGCUAAAAGAACAGGAAAGUUUGCAAACUGAAAAUCUUACUGCAGAAGCAGAGGAAAAAGAUGAAGACGGAUCUUCUAUCAGAAAGGAUGAAGAUGAAGACAAUGAUGAUGGGCUAAAAGAGGUUAAGGAGUGUAGUGAGAAAGAGACAUUGAAAGGUGAAGAAGAUGUAGAACAAAUAUUGCAAAUGGAUGAGCCAGGAGAAAAUCUUGAAAGGUCAGCUAGCAUGAUAUCUGCAGAAACCGAGGAAGUUGCUUUGAAUAAAACGACUCAGAAAACUAAGAAAGAGAUGGAUGAGGGUGUUGAAGGCGUCAAAAAGGAGGCAGAAACUGGUAAAGAAGAUGGCGAGGAACAGGUCAUUGAUGAGAACGAUAUUAAAAGCAUCCCAGUAGAAUCUAUCAAGGAAGUUCCAGUUAGCAAACUGCCGAAUGAUGAAAAUACUGCCGAGGAGUUCAAAAGAGAGAUUUCUGAGGAAUCUGUGGCAGCUGGAACAAAUGAGAGUAUUACAGAUGCAACGUAUCAGAAUGAUGGAACAACCCCCAAUGCAGCUCUUGAAACUUCGACAACGAAAGAGACAUUGAAAGAUGAAGAAGAUGUAGAACAAAUAUCGCCAAUGAAUGAGCCAGGAGAAAAUCUUGAAAGUUCAGCUAGCAUGAUAUCUGCAGAAACCGAGGAAGUUGCUUUGAAUAAAACGACUCAGAAAACUGAGGAAGAGAUGGAUGAGGGUGUUGAAGGCGUCAAAAAGGAGGGAGAAACUAGAAAAGAAGAUGGCGAGGAACAAGUCAUCGAUGAGAACGAUGCUACAAGCAUCCCAGUAGAAUCUAUCAAGGAGGUUCCAGUUAGCAAACUGCCGAAUGAUGAAAAUAAUGCCGAGGAGUUCAAAAGAGAGAUUUCUGAGGAAUUUGUGGCAGCUGGAACAAAUGAGAGUACUAUAGAUGGGACGUAUCAGAAUGAUGGAACAACCCCCAAUGCAGCUCUUGAAACUUCAACAGCCAAAGAGACAUUGAAAGAUGAAGAAGAUGUAGAACAAAUAUCGCUAAUGAAUGAGCCAGGAGAAAAUCUUGAAAGUUCAGCUAGCAUAACAUCUGCAGAAACCGAGGAAGUUGCUUUGAAUAAAAUGACUCAGAAAACUGAGGAAGAGAUGGAUGAGGGUGUUGAAGGCGUCAAAAAGGAGGCAGAAACUGGAAAAGAAGAUGGCGAGGAACAGAUCAUUGAUGAGAACGAUGCUAAAAGCAUCCCAGUAGAAUCUAUCAAGGAGGUUCCAGUUAGCAAACUGCUGAAUGAUGAAAAUAAUGCCGAAGAGUUCAAAAGAGAGAUUUCUGAGGAAUCUAUGGCAGCUGGAACAAAUGAGAGUAUUACAGAUGCGACGUAUCAGAAUGAUGGAACAACCCCCAAUGCAGCUCUUGAAACUUCGACAACGAAAGAGACAUUGAAAGAUGAAGAAGAUGUAGAACAAAUAUCGCCAAUGAAUGAGCCAGGAGAAAAUCUUGAAAGUUCAGCUAGCAUGAUAUCUGCAGAAACCGAGGAAGUUGCUUUGAAUAAAACGACUCAGAAAACUGAGGAAGAGAUGGAUGAGGGUGUUGAAGGCGUCAAAAAGGAGGCAGAAACUAGAAAAGAAGAUGGCGAGGAACAGGUCAUUGAUGAGAACGAUGCUAAAAGCAUCCCAGUAGAAUCUAUCAAGGAGGUUCCAGUUAACAAACUGCUGAAUGAUGAAAAUAAUGCCGAGGAGUUCAAAAGAGAGAUUUCUGAGGAAUUUGUGGUAGCUGGAACAAAUGAGAGUAUUACAGAUGCAACGUAUCAGAAUGAUGGAACCCCCAGCGCAGCCCUUGAAACUUCAACAGUGAAACAAGUGGAAAUUGUGCAGGGUGAGGGUAAGGACACAAUUCCAGCAGAAGCUUCGCCAGAAGAGGAGGAAGAACAUGAUCGGGCUAGAGGGUUUAAAAGGGUUGGAGAUAAUUCCAGCGAAAUCAAGCUGGAGGAGGAUCUAGAGAAGAGUGACGAGGAAACAUCCAAAAAAAUUGAUGCUGUUGCACCUGAGACAAAUCAGCACAUUGAAUUCCCUAACUCGACUCUGGAAACUUCACCAGUAGAAGAACAGGCAAGCGUGCAAAGAGAUAACCUAACUCCAGAAGAAACUUCACCAGAAGAGAAAAAAUAUGAAAAUAUCGAGGUACAUGUCGUAGAAGAGAGCAAUAUCAAUAGCCUCUCACAAGAAUCCGCUGAAGAAAUUCCAAUUAAGGACUUCCAGAAUGCUGCAAAGAAUUCUGAGAAGUCCACCGAGGAGAUGUUAGAGUCUCAAAUAGCUGGAGGUGAUGAAACAAAUACGAAUGAUGAAGACUGCAACUCAAGUCUUCCCAUUUCCGUGGAUAAAAUAGAUGAAAGUUUCGAGGGUGAGGAUAAGAACAUCACUACAGCUGAGGCUUCAACACAUGAUGAAAAAGAAGAGCAUGGAUCUUGGGACAGAGCAGAUGAUGGAAAUGAUAGCAAUCGUGACCUAACUGUGACUAACCAGGACAGCGCAAGGGAAGCAUUGAAGGUCCAAGAAGACUUUGAAAAAGAAUUGCAGAGAAUUGAACCAGGAGAACCUGAAGAAUCAUCAACUGUUAUCGCUGCUGAAACUGAGGCGGGCACUUUGAAUGACAAGAUUGAUGAUAUUACAAGCCAGGAAGAAGUUGUCACAAUCCAAAACAUUGAAGGAACUGUGGAGAAAGAAAAGAAAGAAGAGCAUGGAUCUUUGGAAAAAGCAGGUGAAGGAAAUGAUAGCAAUCCUGACCUAACUGUGACUAACCAGAACAGCGCGAGGGAAACAUCUAAGGUCCAAGAAGAUUCUGAACAAGAAUUGCAGAGAAUUGAACCAGGAGAACCUGAAGAGUCAUCAACUGUAAUGGCUGCUGAAACUGAGGCGGGCACUUUGAGUGACAAGAUUGAUGAUGUUACGAGCCAGGAAGAAGUUGUCACAGUCCCAAACAUUGAAGAAACUGUAGAGAAAGAAAAGAAAGAAGAGCAUGGACCUUUGGACAGAGCAGAUGAAGGAAAUGAUAGCAAUCCUGACCUAUCCGUGACUAACCUGGACAGCGCAAGGGAAUCAUCGAAGGACCAAGAAGAUUCUGAACAAGAACUGCAGAGAAUUGAACCAGGAGAACCUGAAGAGUCAUCAACUGUUAUGGCUACUGAAAAUGAGGCGGGAACUUUGAGUGACAAGAUUGAUGAUGUUACGAGCCAGGAAGAAGUUGUGACAGUCCCAAACAUUGAAGAAACCGUAGAGAAAGAAAAGAAAGAAGAACAUGGAUCUUUGGACAGAGCAGAUGAAGGAAAUGAUAGCAAUCCUGACCUAACCGUGACUAAGCUGGACAGCGCAAGGGAAGCAUCGAAGGUCCAAGAAGAUUCUGAACAAGAACUGCAGAGAAUUGAACCAGGAGAACCUGAAGAGUCAUCAACUGUUAUGGCUGCUGAAACUGAGGCGGGCACUUUGAGUGACAAGAUUGAUGAUGUUACAAGCCAGGAAGAAGUUGUCACAGUCCAAACCAUUGAAGAAACUGUAGAGAAAGAAAAGAAAGAAGAGCAUGGACCUUUGGACAAAGCAGGUGAAGGUAAUGAUAGUAAUCCUGACGUAACCGUGACUAACCUGGACAGCGCAAGGGAAGCAUCGAAGGUCCAAGAAGAUUCUGAACAAGAAUUGCAGAGAAUUGAACCAGGAGAACCUGAAGAGUCAUCAACUGUUAUGGCUGCUGAAACUAAGGCGGGCACUUUGAGUGACAAGAUUGAUGAUGUUACGAGCCAGGAAGAAGUUGUCACCAUCCAAAACAUUGAAGAAACCGUAGAGAAAGAAAAGAAAGAAGAGCAUAGACCUUUGGACAGAGCAGAUGAUGGAAACGAUAGCAAUCCUGACCUAACCGUGACUCACCUGGACAGCGCAAGGGAAGCAUCGAAGGUCCAAGAAGAUUCUGAACAAGAACUGCAGAGAAUUGAACCAAGAGAACCUGAAGAGUCAUCAACUGUUAUGGCUACUGAAACUGAGGCGGGCACUUUGAGUGACAAGAUUGAUGAUAUUCCAAGCCAGGAAGAAGUUGUCACUAUCCAAAACAUUGAAGAAACCAUUGAGAAAGAAAAGAAAGAAGGAAGUGAAGAUAUAGAUGUGACCAAAGUUAAAAGAGCUGUUAUGGAAGAGGAUCUCAAAUUAGAUGCAGAAGCAUCUGAUGCAAACAAAAGCGUGGAGAAUGAUGCGGAGGAGGAAAAUAUUAUAUCAGGUGGAAAAGAAGUUGAAACAGUCGAAAAGACAUUUGGAUUGGACUCCAUACAGAAGCUGGAAACGAUGAAUGAAGACAUCAAAGAGGUAUGUGGAGAUACUAAGCUUGCCAGCUUGAGUGUGGACACUGAAAAACACGUCACAACUGAAGAACACACCAAUACAGAUAUCUCACCACAAACCACUGGAGAAACAACAGCUGAGGAAAAAGAAAAAACUGUAAAGGAGAUGGAAGAAUCAGUGAUAACCGUAGAUGAGGACGCUGAGAAAAAGGUUCCAGAGGAGGAAAGUGCUAUUAAUGACCAGUCUAGGAUUAUAUACAAAGGUGACGAAUCAGGAAUGUUGGUAGAACAAGAGGUACAUGAGAUUAUUCAAACAGCUGAGGAGUAUGGGGAUAUUGGAAAACAAGGCAGUUUUAUUAAGGACAGCUAUGAGGUACCUCUAAGCAGCACAGAUGAAGAGAAUCCUCUACACAAGGAAACAGAAGAUGAAAGUGAUAAAGUAAAGCCAAACGAAGAGGUUAAGGACUCAAAAUCUGAAUUCACUGAACCGUUUGAAGCCAGAGGUUCAGUGGACAGACAAGAAUUUGAGACCUUAAGGGGCAAACAAGGACCAAAUAGUGACAUCUACCUUGUAAAAGCAUCUGAAGGAGUUUCAGAAAAAGAAAGCAAUAAAAGCCCCGUUGAAAUCUCCUACUUAGAGUCUGAGAGUAAAGGAGAAAUCUUGGAAGAAGUUCAGCCUGAUGUUAAUGAUUCUAGCUCAGCACUUACAACAGGAAUUACAAGAGAAGCGAGCUUUAAGGAAGCUGAACCAGAAGAUAAAAGGCAAAUAGAGAGUUUCGAACCUGCUCCUCGAGAGAAGGGACCAGUGACAGAGAGCACGGAAAGAACUACACUGGAAAGUGUGGAUAUUGAUGCCAAACCAGAGGAUUCCAACUUUAUUGAGAAUGAGGACCAUGGUAUUCCAGCUGCCAGUGAAGUAGAAGAGCUAGAGAAUGAAAUGCAUGAGGAAACUCCAAUAACAGGAAGCGAAGAUUACAAAGAGGAGACCACUAAUGAGACAUCUCUAGGUAAUGUUUUAGAUGAUAAGCAGGUGGAAUGCUCUACAAUGCUACCUAAAGAACCUGAGCUCAUGACCAAUGAAGGAAACAAGGCAACAGAUGAGAAUUCAACAACAUAUGAAAACAUAGAAACUCCCCAGACUCCACGGGAAAUAGAAAUCAUGCUAGAGGAAGAUAUGCCCAUCAAUGCAAGAGAUGCCUCUAUAUCAGUGGAUCCUAGAAUAGAAAGUAUAAAGGAAGAAGUUGGGUCUUACCAAUUCGACAAUCUGAACGAGCAUCAUGAGCUAGACAAUGAAAAACAAGGAGGCAUAGAUAUCUCAAGAUCAUCAGAAGUAAGAGACCUAGCCAAUCAGGGAGAGAUUUGCAAGUUGAGGAGUUUGGAAGAUGAGUAUUCAUCAAUUGUAGGAGAUGAGGCCUUAAAGUGUAUUGAAGCAACUAGUGCAGAAAGAAAAGAGGCUAUCCUGGAAGAAGAUAACUCUACUAAGAAAUAUGAAGAUAGCUUACCAGAAAAUGUUGAAGCAAACAAAGCAGCAUUUGAGCUCGAAGAGGGAACCAACAACCAAGAGCAGGCUAUUGGCACCAAAGACAAUGGACUUCUAGCAGAAGAGAAUUUUGAAGUAUCUGAAUCUGGUAAGAAGCUUGAAGGUGUCUCUGAAUCUGAGACAGGAGAUCAAAGCAGCGAAAAGAUCCCUGAGACAGAUCCAGGUAAAGUUGAGAACAUUACUGAAAUUCAGAAUAAGAGUUUGAAAUCUGUAGAACAAAGUUCCCUAGAAUCCCAAGAAGUUCGAGAAGAGACAGGUGAGAAAACAGAGCCGAGAUUUGAGACUGAAGGUGAUGUAAAGGAAACACAAAACACAGAUGAGACUGUAAAGGAUGUCUUGUUAACUAAAGAGGUGCACGAAAAAGUUGACAAAGCUGGUAGUGAAACUCUCAAAUGCACGGAAAAGGAUGUAAAUGACACCCUGGAACUUUGUGCUAAAUCCACUGAAGAUGAAAGGGUUCAUGAGGUAAAAGAAUCCAGCCUUAUAGCUGAGGAAUGUCAUGAAGCAACAAAGUCUAAUGAACAGACAGCAAUUAUGAGCUCAGACUUUCAAGAGACACCAACCAUGGAGGAGAUGUCACUUGCAAAAGCAAUAAAUGAUGAAGAUAAUGUGAUGCCUGCUGUUCUCUCCACCACCAAACCAGCUGAAGAGUCAGAUGAAAUGAUAAAGAUUAUAAAGGAAGAAGAUAGUUGUUGUGACAAGAUCAAGGCAACAACUAUGGUAGAGAUAGCAAAGACUAGCUUGGAAGAAGCUCAGCUCGAUGAAAAACCGGUACAAGUAUCUAAUAUUACCUCAAAUGAUAGCGUUUCUCUGGAAAUUGAAGCUGAAGCAUGCCAACAAGAAAAAAUCAAAGAUAACGUGGGACUUGAGCUACCCUCAAACUUGGCAUCUCCAAUUCUAAUUGAUGAUCACGAAAACAUAAUGAGGGAGCAAGUAGCUAAAGAAAACGCAGACGCAGAUGAUGUUCAGGACAAUGAAAGAGCUUCUGAUGUAGUUUAUGAAUCCAAAGAUAAUGGUAUUGAAGAGCUGAUCACAAGCAAAAUUAAAGAGGAAAAUGAGAAAUCCUCAGAAAUAGUUGAAUCUCUAGGUGUUGAAGCAGCAGCAAAUGAAAUUGCUAUUGGCCAGAAUCCCCCAGAAGUUAUAUCAAAAGAAGAGCAAGGAAUUUCAGCAACAACUGAAAGAAGGGAAGAAAAUAUGAAGGAUGUGGAGUUGCUGGAAGAUGAUUUGAGAAAAACAGAAGAGGCGCCCUUGCAAAAGGAUGAUUGUAGGGAACGUGACAUCUCUCAAUUAGAGCUUCAAUCCAAUAAAGAUAUACAGAAUCAGAGUCCAAAGGAGGUACUAGAAGAAGAAUGUGGAACUCCUGAUGAAAUUAAAGAAGAAAUCAAGGAAGGUCCAAAAUUAGUAUCCAUGACUGAUUCUCAAGGUUUUGAAGAACUAAAAGAAGAUGAGAGCACUUCAGGUCAGACUGUCCCGGAAGAGAAAUUAGAAGAGCAAAAUCAGACGCCAGCAGCGGCAUUGCUUUCUAAGGAAAAGGAUUGUGGGACUGAAAUGAUUAUUGAGAAUAUUGAGGAGUGUGUGCAAGUGGAAAUACCAACCGAUCCACAAAAUGAUUCUCCAAAAAAGAUAACAGAAGAUACAUGCUUGCAUAAGGAAGAGACCAAUGAGCUUGAAGUCUCAGGAUUUGGGGUUGAACUCAACACAGGAAUGCAGAAGGAUAGUCUGAAUGAAGUCCAAGUAGAAGAAAGUAAGAGCCCGGAUGAUGCCUCUAAAUUACAGACUCCAGAAUAUGAAACAAGCAAAGAGGCUUUUGAAUCUAUGUCAGAAGCUCAUGGCCACAAAGGCUUCACUGCAUCAGAAGAAACUGAAAUCGAAGAAAAACAUCUAGAGGUAGCAAUAACUGAUUUGGCAGUAGAAGAGGAUCGGAGUGAGAAAAUAAUUGAUCCAGCUGAAAUCAUACAUGAUGAGGUAAUAGAAGAAGGAACAUUUGAAAGAACCACCAAUCUCAAGACUGAGUUAAGCAAAGAGGCAUUCAAAUCUAUUUCAGAAGUUCAUGGACAUGAAGCUCUCGCUGAAUCAGAAGAUACUGAAAUCAAAGAAAGGAAUCCAGAGGUAACAGUAACUGAUAUGGCUGCAGAGGAAAAUCGGAGUGAGAGAACGAUUGACGCUGCUGAAAUCAUACACGAUAAACUCAAAAGUGAAGAGCUAACCAAAAGGGAAAACCAACAGAUCAUGGAGGAAAAGGAAGGUUCCAAAAAUGUUGACCAAGUAAUCCUUGGUGAAGAAACAGCUAAAGUGUGUCAGGAAGAGUAUGAGCUGAAGGCUGAGGAAAGUCGAGGAGAUAAGGGAACACAAAAAGACAUUCAAAAUGAAGAGUUAUACAAGGAAGUUGAAAAGGCUGAUGGAAAUGAAAAGCAGAUGGAUACUGAAAGAAUCAUUGAGCACCUUCACCUAGCUGCUGCUGAAAAUGAGACUAUGAAGGAGUCCUUUCUGGAUGAAGCAGGAUCCGGGUUGCACCUUGAAAAUCAGAUCUGUGAGACAGCUUCUGGAAAUGAUGGCAGAACAGAAGCUGCAAAUGUAAAAGAAGAGGAAAAGGAUGUAGAGAUAUCACAAAAAGAAGUCCCCACGGAUCUUGUGGAAGCUAAUGAAGCCACCCGAGACAUUCAUGAGGAAGAGGAAACCUCUAAAACCACUACCGAGCACAUUGAAGAGCAUGUUAAAGAAGUGGAAAUAGAAGUUGAUGAACAUCCUUGUGCACCAAAGACAACAGUAAACACAUGCUCGCAAAAAGAAGAGACUAAAGAGCAGGAAGUAUGUGGUUCAGACAUGCAGAAGAACGGUUCAAAUGACGCAACUGAUGUCGUGCAUGAUGAACUCACAAAUGAAGAGCUGACCAAGCAGGACAAACAACAGUUCAAGGAGGAAAAGGAAGAUACCAAGAAUUGUAAUCCAAUAAACCUUGGUGAAGAAACAACUAAAGAAAGCCGCCAAAUAUAUGAUCUGAAGGCUGAAAAAAGUCAGGAAGAUAAGAUGGAAAAUGAAAUUCAGAAUGAAGAGGUAAGCAACGAGAGUGGCGAAUACCUUCACCCAACUGCUGUCGAGAAUGAGACCAUCAACGAGAGCUUUCCAGAUGAAGCAUUGGUAGAGAAUGCUAAGGAUAUGGGAACUAAGCUGCAGGUUGAAAAUCAUAGCGAUGAGAAAACUUCUGGAUAUGACAGGACAGAAGCCACAACCAUAACAAACGAGGAAUUUGGCACAGAGAUAUCAGAAAAAGAAAGCCUCCAAGCUCCUGCAGAAGCCAAUGAAACCACACAAGACAUUCAUCAGGGAGAGAGAGACUCUGAUUCAACUUCCGAAAAGCCAAUUCCAAUAGAAGCAGAACCCCAAGAAACCACAGAGAGGAAGAAAGAUGCUCCACAAGUGCUGCUGCAGGAGCCGAUUGUUGAAGCCACGCAGGGUGCUGGAGUAGGAGAAUCGGAACCUGGAAAAGCUACAGGAAUCGUUGAUGCACAAGGAUUUGAGCACAAAGCAGAGAGAAGUAUUGAUGAGGAGAAUAUAAGAGGGAAUGAUGAGAGUAUGUCAGCAAAGACUUCUUUAUUUGACAUGAUGCAGAGCUCCACAAGAGAAAGGCAAGUGGGGGGAGACCUGACAGAAGAAACAAGAGUUGAAGGAGAGAAGGCAAAAUCAGACGAAGAAAAGGAAGAGGAGGAGGAGGAGGAGGAGGAAGGAGAGGAACACAAAAAGACAGACUCGGGCUCCGAUGCUCCAGUCAUGGUAGAAGCAUCUAGGGAUAUAGUAGAUGUGAAGGUUGCAAGCAAAAAGCACUAUAAUAUACUAUCAGGUGUUGGAUCAAAAGUGAAGAACUCAAUUUCUAAGGUGAAGAAAGCCAUUACAGGCAAGUCUUCUCAUCCAAAACAACAUUCACCAAAAUGAAGCACAGGCAAGACAUAGCAUGGUUUACUUUCGGAAAUAUGUUCAAGGUUCAGGUGUGGGAGCUUUUGUAUAUACAGGAGUUUAUGUUUUCAGAUUCUGGAUUCUGGGAAUUUUAAUGUUGUGAGCUUUUGAGAUACAACUCGAAUGUUUGUAGUAAAAGUAUAUAAAAAUCUCUGGUUUGAUGUCA